GUGAGACUUCCAGCCCACAGACGUCAACUCUUCGGAGGAGUUUGAGGGAGGCAAAGAAAAAAAAAGAGAAAAGAAAAAGAAGAUGAUCGUCUGUGUUGUGCGCAGCGAGAGAGAAUGGUGGAAGUUGUCUAGGAGGACUUUGCCUUGCAGGAAUGCAGCAAACGUCAACUUGUGACAUGUUUGGACUCAACUUAACUGCGGACUAAAACCACCAAACACAUUCUGAGGAACAGCCUGCUGACCCCCUGCUGGCUCCCUCGACCACAGUCUAAGAUGAUAGACCCUCAGAUUCACUUGCAUUACAACUACACGGGGAAGCUGGACCACCGGCCCACCGUAGGCACCAGCUCGGGCAACCUUGGCACCAAAACUCUCCUCUUCCUGGCCGCGUGCACCUUCAUCGUUCUGGAGAACCUGACGGUGCUGGUGGCCAUCUGGAGGAACCACCGCUUUCACAACCGCAUGUACUUCUUCAUCGGGAACCUGGCGCUAUGCGACAUGCUGGCCGGGGUGGCCUACCUGGUCAACCUGCUCCUGUCCGGCGACAGGACGCUCUACUUAUCGCCCGUCAUGUGGUUUGUCCGAGAGGGCAGCAUGUUUGUAGCAUUGGGUGCCUCCAUCUUCAGCCUUCUGGCCAUCGCCAUCGAGCGCCACCUGACCAUGAUCAAGAUGAGGCCCUACGACGCCAGCAAGAACUACAGGGUCUUCCUCCUCAUUGGCACCUGCUGGUUGAUCGCCAUCUCUUUCGGAGUUUUGCCCAUCCUGGGAUGGAACUGCCUAGACAAUCUCCCUGACUGCUCUACGGUCCUCCCCCUGUACUCCAAGAAGUACGUGGCCUUCUGCAUCACCAUCUUCAUGGUCCUGUUGCUCGCCAUGUCGGUGCUCUACGCCCGCAUCUACAUCCUAGUCAAAUCCAGCAGCCGCAAGGUGAGUAAGAACAGCAACUCGGAGCACGCCAUGUCCCUGCUGCGCACAGUCAUCAUUGUAGUGGGGGUCUUCAUCGCCUGCUGGACGCCCAUCUUCGUGCUGCUCUUGGUGGAUGUGGCAUGCGAUCAGCGCCACCGCUGCCCGAUCCUUUACAAGGCCGACUGGUUCAUCGCGGUGGCCGUGCUCAACUCGGCCUUAAACCCUGUCAUAUACACUCUGGCCAGUCGGGAGAUGAGGCGGGCCUUCCUGGGAUUGGCGUGUUGUAUUUGCUACCGGGGGAAGUCAUCGGCGCCGGGCAGCGGGAACAGGCAGUGUCUGGAGCCCAGUCGCAGCAGGAGCAAGUCCUUCAGCAGUCAGAACAACCAGAACCAGCAGGGAUCCCGGCAGGCGGGGUCAGAAAAGGAGGCGGACUCUGGACAAGUCGGGAAGGUGGCGGUGGAUGCAGGACCUAGUGGCGUUCAUGCUGAAGGAUUCAUCCAGAAUGACGUAAAUGGAGUAAGAGUCGAGUCGAGGAUGGUCGAGGAUUGACUUCUGGAUAAGACUUGUCAAAAUAAGAUGGACUCCUGUUGAGAACAGGUUGGGUUCUGAGGACAGACUUUGAUUUAACAUUUGCACUGCACGCAUCAAUUCUGAUUGUUGUUCUCCCAUGUAGACAGGGGUGAACACCAAUUAAAGGGACUGGAAUACAUAGGAUUCCAUCCAGCCAUGGACCUACCUGGUCACAGAGCACAUACGAACAAUCCACUCCUACAGUCUCUAGGUAGAAACUGAACUCCAGUCUAAAGUCAGCCAAGUGAAGCACUAUACUAUCUGCAACCUUACUUGCGAGGUGUAAAUAUGCACCGGCUCCCAAAACAAAACAAAGAACCUAAACAUUAAAUGGAAAAAAAAAUGACCGUUGUUUGUUUACUUCUACACCUGAAUCAGCUAGCGGUGUAAAUCAUCUCUGGAUAAAUAUUAUGAUGUAGUACGACUGUGACAAUCGCCAUUAUUUAUAAUUCCUCGCUAUAUGCAAUAAUUUUGCAUGAUAAACAAUCGUCAUCUACUCCCACAUUCCAACGGCUUGUCUCACCAAUUUGGAACAGAGCUGCACAAUGGAAGCUGCCCGUGUUGCUUGUGGCGUAAAGGCCCCACCUUGUGGUUAGGUUCAAGAACUCCAGCUCAUUCAAAAGUUCACAUUCUCUGGAGAAACAUUGCACAAAAUGAACUUUCUAAUUGAUUAACUGAAAUGAGAGUAUGACCAGAGUCUUGAACAGGUAUUAGAGUUAUUAAGAGAUGCUGCAUGUUUAAGUGUAAUCAGUCGCUAUUACCUCAGUAGGCCAGCAGAGGUCGCCAUUUAUUCCUGUGACGCGUGCGUCGCCUUUUCAAAAUGUCUGAAAAAUACAUGACACACGUUACAUACCACGUUUGCAAUAAAAGCUAAGUAGAACCGCAAUACUGCAUUGAUGAACAACAUUUCUACACAUUCACGGAUUUAUUGCCGACAGUCAUACAGAAAAAUGUUAAAUCCAUACAACCAAAAGAGCGUUACUUGUUCCAGCUCUCGCUUUACGCUUUUUUUUCCCCAACCCCAAAAAAUAGUGACUUCUUGUGCGAUCAAUUUUAUGUGACAAAGUUGUAUAUUGUGUGGAAAAAUAUCACAUUGACCCCACAUGAAUAUAAUAAUAAUAAUAAUAAUAAUAUUAAGAGAGGGGAAGGUUGUUGUCGAGCAGCAACACGCAACAGGGCCAAAAACACAAACAAGCUCCACCAGUGGAGAACAGGCAUGCUCCAUUGAACAUCACCUAUUGCACUUUGAAGAACUAAUUAAAAACAUCCAUAGUUUUUUUUUGUUUGUUUGUUUUUUACAAAGAAAAGGCACAUUUUCAUCACCGGAAACCCCAGACAAAAAGCCAUGUUCUUGGAUGGGAAUGGGAUUUUAAACCAAUUUGUACCAUUUCCAAUAGGAUGUGAUUAAAUUUCAGCAUGUAGAAAUCGACAUUAUUUGCAUCCCCUUUCUUGUUUUUUUUUAUUGUUGUCUUAGUUUAAAAACCUUCUGGAAUAGUGUUGAAAAUUAAGAAUUGUCUGAAUAAAAUAGAAAGAAAAAAAACUACCAAUUUAGCUGAAUUUCUACCUUGCACUAUGGAAUAUUUUUUCCAAAUCCUAUCUCAAUAAUAGUAUGAGAAAAGGUUCCCCAUAAAGCCAUGGAUUGUUUCCCUGCUGAAUGUUUAUGUAAUGUGACACUUUAUGUACCCACAUGGUUGUUAAACAUGUACACUCUACCCCUUGCAGCAAAAUACAGGCACGAUUGAUAAUAUAUAUAUAAAAUAUAGCAUAUAAUAUAUAUAUAUUACAUUGCAUCGGUCGAGUUAAACCCAUUGAAUGCAUGCUGAUUUUGGUUCAACCUCCCUCCCUUUUCAUUUUGGUUUUGAUGGACGAGAGCAUUGAGAAGUGGGACUUGUCUAAUAAUUCAAGUAGGAUACACAGAGGCAAGAGAGCAUCUUUGCUAUCAUUGUAGUGAUGGAUGCUGAGGAAGGGCUAUGUGCUGACACCUAGUGGCAACAUGAGGGAACUCUUGCCUCUGUGUCUUCAACCUUAGUGAUUGUGCUAUUGUGGUCAUUCAGAUCAUUUAAAUAUGUUCAAAAUAAUCUGCUGGAUAAAUCCCUAAAGAAAUGACUGAUUAAACCUUUAAAAAGAAGAACAACCCAAAUUGGAAUCGUGUUAAAAGUGUAAAUAUUUGUACAGUGUCAGCACAGACAAGCCUCUCCUCCAAAUAGUGAGGUUUACGAAUAACUUUUUUUAGUUUAUACUAAGUAACAUUAGGGCCACACCAGAAAGAAUAAGUAAUAAUACUUUGAGAAUAAAAUCUUACAAUUACAGGAAUAAGGAGGAAAUAUUGCAGGAAUGAAGAUGUAUACAAUAACAAAAGUUGUGAUAGUCAAAAGAGGUAAAAUUGGAGAAAAUAGGAAAUAUAUAUAAGAAUAAAAAAGCAUGAAGGGGUGAUAUUAAGAAGAAAAUAGCUAUUGCACCGUUAUAUUUGAAUAUUGUUAAGAAUAAAGUCCAUCCAUCCAUCCAUUUUUUACCGCUUAUUCCCUUUGGGGAGGCGGGGGGGCGCUGGUGCCUAUCUCAGCUACAAUCGGGCAGAAGGCGGGGUACACCCUGGACAAGUCGCCACCUCAUCGCAGUAAAAAUAAAUUUUUACUAAAAAAAAAAAAUACUUGUAUUAGAAUAAAUCAUAAUAUUAAAGCUGCAAUAUUACCAGAUUAAAGUUGAAAUAUCAUUACAAAAUUCAUAAUUGUAUUUGAAUACACAAUUAUACUGUAUUUAAGCAAUAAUCGGAUAAAGAGACUAAAUGGUAAUCUCUUCAAGAUAAAGUCAUAACUAUAUUGUAGUUGUAGUAGUUAGUAGCUUUUAUAGGAUCAAAAUAUCCUAAGGUGUGAGAAAAAAAAAGUCAUAAAAAGUAACAGGAUUAUUUUUCUUAAUUUUAUCACUAUCAAGUCAUACAAUGAUCAUAAAGUUCCAAAAAGUUUUUUUUUUUGUAAAAUACAUUUGUAAUUUUUGACAAAAAAUGCGUAUUAUGAAAAGAAGUCUUAAUUUUGGAAGACUACUAAUUCCGUAUUUCCUUGGAUCGCCGCAGGGCAUAUAGUAUGCACCUGCCUUGAAUUACUGCCGGGUCAAACCCGCUUUGCGAAAUAAUUAGCGCAUGCUUAGUAUUACCGCCUGGUCAAACUCGUGACGUCACGAGUGACACUUCCCCUGUCAUCAUUUUCAAAAUGGAGGAGGCUGAUUUCAAUACCGGUAAUUUGAAAUCGCAUAAAGGGAAGAAGAUUAAGAGCUAUUCAGUAGGAUUUAAGGUCCAAGCUUACAUCACACUCAAAUUUUUAAUGCAUGCCUUUGGUAAGUGCCGGCGUGAAAAGAGAUUUUAAAAUAAUUAGCGCAUGCUUACUUUUACCACAUGCCUUUGGUAAGCGUAGGAGUGAGAAGUGGUUUUAAAUUAAUUAGCGCCCCGGCGGCAAUUCAAGGAAGUACGGUAUCUAUUUUGUACGUAACAUUUCAACUUUUUCUUCAUGUCCCAUCUUUAUUCUCAUGACUUUUCUGUUCUCCUAACGUAGUUGAAUGAUUUUGUUCCUUUCUAGUCUGGCCCUAAUACUCCUUGGUAAAGCAGGGAAGUACUUUCAAAACAAGAGUUGUUCUUUAAGGCCGCACUGACAGCACAAUGAAGAAUGUGUUUGCUAAGUAACACCAGCAAAAGCAAAAAAAGUCCACUUGGGACAUUUUUCCUUCUAUAUAAAUGUUAUUUGUGUUUGGGGGGGCGGGCUUGAAUGGUUUCAGUAGAAAUGUGGUUGUGCUUGACAGACAAUAAAGUUGAAUUCGUCGUCUAAAAUA